AUGACAAAAUUAUUGAUGGCAAUCGCAAUUGCCAUUUUUGUCGCAGUGACAAGUCUUGUUUCUGCAAAAACGUACGAGAUUUCAACGGAAUGUCCAAAUUCUUUGAACAAAACUACAUUGCUCGCUCACGAACACGAUUGUACCAAAUAUUACAAGUGCUUUAACGGACAAAGACAAUCUAUGGAUUGUCCAAUAUUUAUCCCAGGCCAUAGGAAACAUUUUGACAUUGAAUCUCAAUCUUGCGUUCUACCAUGGAAAUCAAAAUGUGUAUCCCAAACAUUCGAUUGUUUUACCGAUGGUUACGUACAAUCCCAUCCUUACAACUGCACUUUAUACUACGUAUGCACGAACGGUGAAAAAGUUGAAAACUCGUGCAAAGAAGGAGAGCUGUUCGAUUCUAAAACUAUGAAAUGUGUGGCUAAGGAGAAGGCGACGUGUAACGUUUAUAAGAACGUAUGCCCCAAUGGUAAAUUUGAUCCUGUAUUCUUGCCCCACGAAUGCAAAUGUCAAUCUCUAUAUUACGAAUGCGUCGACGGAGAAUUCGUCGAAAGACGUUGUCAGAAAAAUGAAGAUUUCGAUGUUAAAAGUAGGAAAUGCGUUUUAUCUGAAAAAUUGGGAUGCAUCAUGAUCUCUACCAAUGAUUGUCCUGCAACCGGUAUCGCAUAUAUCGCUGACAAGACCGAUUGCAGUUCGUAUUACUUGUGCAAGGAUGGGAUGAAAAGCAAGAGAGUUUGCGACUUUGGAUUGUCUUACAACGAGGAAACUUCCAUGUGCACUUGGCCACCGAGUAACAUGUGCUCUUCGAAAUCGUUAAAACCGAGGAAGGCUACGCCUAAUGCGAUUGAGCAAGUUGAGAUAAGUCGAAAAUGUCCGCCGAAGGGAUCAGAGGAGAAACCUGCGAAAUUUCCGCACGAAUGCUCUUGUACCGUGUAUUACGAGUGCAAGGAUGGACAAUUGUUCCGUGAAACAUGUCCGAACGGUCUGAUUUACGAUUACAUUCGAGAAGUUUGCGAUUAUCCGUAUCGUGCCAAAUGCAAAAACCAAAAGUUCAAUUAUAAUUUUGCACUCGCAAAUUCUGAAUGUCCACCAACUGGUCAUGCACGCCUACCUCAUGAAACAAAUUGUUCCUUAUAUUACGAAUGCAAUAAUGGUUACAAACGUCUGAAAUCGUGUCUACAAGGACAUUAUUUCAACGAUUUAAUCGAAUCGUGCGACUUACCUUGGAAUGUAAAUUGUAAGAAUUUGUCAAUAUCUCCUAUCUCUACUUCUACUACUACUACUACUACUGCUACUAUUACAACUACUACUACCACUACUACAACGCCGGAACCUUCUGAAUGCGUGGAAUGUCCCAAUGGUUGCAACAAUUGUAUUAGCCGAUUUCCUGAUCCUCACAAUUGUUCCCUGUAUUAUCAAUGUGAAAAUGAUAAAAAAGUUUCAAAGGCAUGCCCCGAAGGCCUUCAUUACGACAGUGUGAAUCAGAUUUGUAAUUUUCCGGAAAAUGUGAAUUGCGAAAAAUGUAAAGAGGGAGAGAAACGUUCUCACGAAUGUCAAUGCAAUCAAUAUUACGAAUGCAUAAACGGAUACGAAGUGCUUCAGAUAUGUCCUCAGGGACAAUACUUUGAUUGGAAGAGAAAAAUAUGUAAAGAAGGGAAGUGUCCUGACCAAGCGGAUCGAGUUGGUUGUAUUGGUACUUGUUCGUCGUUUUAUUCCACAGAAUAUUUGCUUCAUAAAGAUUGUGACAAGUAUUGCGUAUGCGAAAAUGGAUAUCCCUAUAUCGUUAAUUGCCCCAAGAAAAAGGUCUACAAUCCAAAGAAUCAAACAUGCGAUUGGCCAGAAAACGUGGCGGAUUUGACGUGCGAUCCUUUUCAGUGUGAUUCCAGUUCCGAGGGAGAUAAUCUUCCUCAUGAAUGUCACUGUGAUAAAUAUUUCGUGUGCAGAAAUGGAAUGAAAUACCGUGAAAAUUGCGAAGAAGGAAAAUACUUUGAUUAUGAAAAAGAAAUUUGUGUUAAUAUUAAUCAAGCCCAUUGUUAUCGUGGUUUAUAUAUAUUAUUCUUUGCCAUGCUUAUGGCAACGGCAAAUACACAAAAUCUCAAAUUACCCAGUGAUUGUUAUCCAAAUUCGAAAUGUCCAUUAAAUGAUGAUGGCUAUGCAGUCCAUCUUGCUGAUAGUAACAAUUGCCACAAAUUUUUUAAAUGUACAAGAGGAAUGGCAUGUUUAAAGGAAUGUCCACACUAUGGCAAUGGAAAUCAAUUAGUGUUUAAUCCGAAAGAACAAGUUUGCGAUUGGCCAUUUAACGUUCCAAAUCUACCAAAUUGCAUUUAUCCAGGGCAAUCAAUUUCGACAUCAUCUAUUAAAACAGAAACGACGACACCGUCAACGACGACACCAUCAACGACGACACCGUCAACGACGACACCGUCAACGACGACACCGUCAACGACGACACCGUCAACGACGACACCGUCAACGACGACACCGUCAACGACGACACCGUCAACGACGACACCGUCAACGACGACACCGUCAACGACGACACCGUCAACGACGACACCGUCAACGACGACACCGUCAACGACGACACCGUCAACGACGACACCGUCAACGACGACACCGUCAACGACGACACCGUCAACGACGACACCGUCAACGACGACACCGUCAACGACGACACCGUCAACGACGACACCGUCAACGACGACACCGUCAACGACGACACCGUCAACGACGACAUCGUCAACGACGACACCAUCAACGACGAAUCCAGAAAUAUCAACACCUUGUAUAACAAAAAAUAUAGAAGAUAAAGAGGAUUGCAGAUACUAUUAUGUAUAUGAUUGCAAAACUGGAAGAAAGCAAAAACAGAAAUGCCAAGAAGGACUCGUUUUCAAUCCGAUAAUCGAAAGUUGCGACAGACCAGCGAAUUAUCCUUGUUCAACAAGUCUUCCACUUCGAAAAUAA